AUGUGUUUAUAUUGUGUCUGAAGGAUUGUGUGUGUGUAAUGUUAAUGUUUGUGAAUAUACACAUUAGAGCACACCAAGAAAUGAAAGUGUCUUUUUGUUUCAGAAUUGUGUAACUAAUGUUCAAAUAAAGAUCACACGCUAUUCUCAAACAAUUACUUUGUAUCGGCAAUAUUGUGUUAAAAGAUUAAAAAAGCCAAGUAAUAAGUUCAGAUUUCUGACAACACUUGAAGUUGUGAAAGUGUGAAGUGAAGUAGAUCUUAACAAAGGUUUCUAAAGAAGAUGUCGGCAACCAAAAAUCAAGUUAGCCUUGUGGAACUGAAAUUGAAAGUUUUGGAAGAUGAAAGAAAACAACUUCACGAUGAUCUGGAUACUUAUGUCAAUGAGGUCAUUUGUAUGGGAAAACAAUUCGUGGAGACUGAAGGAAAUGAAGGAGCGAAUUUUAAAGACAUAAGUCAAGCUAUAGAAAGAGCUUUAAUGUAUGUUAUGGAGAAACGGAUGGACUAUGGGUGUUCAUCAGUAACAACUGAGAUGUACAAUACAAGUUCCUUCUCACCACAGUCAGCAUUAGACUCCACAGUCAUAGCCUCUGGCUUUAAUGCAGAUAAAGUUCUGACGUCAAUAAAAUAUUAUAUGGAUAACAUAGAAUCUCAAGUCAGAUCAAGCAGUUCGAAGAUUGAUGUUUUGACAGCGCUAAUUCCUCAGAUCAUGAAUGAAAUAGGUGGUUUGAAAUCUAAGCUUGAAGCAAUGGAGGAAUGGAAAGUUCAAUUGGAACACUUGGACAGCAGGAUAUUAACUAUUGAAACAGAUGAUAGCAUUAACAAGACAAAAGUGAAACUAGAAGUCAUAGAAACACAUUUACCUGAGCUGGACUCACAACUGGUUACUUUAAGAGAGGAACUUGGACAUAUAAAAUACGAGACAGUGAUAAACUUUAAAAAUCUUGAACAAAAGCACCAAACUCUAGACGUCAAACUUAUGGUUACAGAGAAUCAAGUCAAUGAGCUGAGUAAGGCGAUGGUAACCAAUGAAGAUAACUUGAACGUUGUGAAAAAAUGUCUUCAAGAAAAAUCCAAAGAAUCGGACAAAAUCAUGGAACGUCUUCAGAAAAAUGAAAGAGAGAUAGAAAAAGAGAAAAAAGAGACAGAAGAGAGAUGUGAACGCGACAGUGUCAUAAUGACAGAUGUAGAGAAUAGGCUCAGACGACACGAAGAGAAGUGGAAUGACAGAGAGAUGAAAAAUGUAAGAAAAAUGGAAGACAAGUUACAGAGAAUGGAUGCAGAAAGAAAGAAAGACGUUUAUUUUAUGGGAGAAAAUCUAGAAAAACUUCUAUCUAAGCUAGACGACAUGAAAACUAAUGUCAACAAUAUGUCAACUAAAGUGGACAUCGUAGAAAAACGCCAAAAGAGACCUGUUGGAUUCUCAGCAAAACUUUCUCUGUCUUUCACUACACCAACCAAGAAGACUGUGAUGAGAGAUUUUACUGACAUUGUGACAAAUAGAGGAGAUCACUUUCAGCCUCUGACAGGAGAGUUCACUGCACCAAUUGAGGGUCUUUAUGUGGUAGCGUUAAUGCACAGGCAAUGGCAAGAUGGGGAGAUUUGGUUGGUUGUGUUGCACGCCUCACUCUUUGGUGGCAGUGGCAGCAAAGAGAAAGCUGUAUGUGAAACGAGAACAGACAUCAGCAGAACCAGCAGCAACAGUGUCAGUGUUAUUUGGAUGAACGCUGGAGACAAACUCUGGGUCAAUGUGAGAAAUGUAAAGGGAACGGAUAUUUGGAUUGAUGCACCAUCCAGUUUUUCUUGUUUCCUUAUUGGCUAAGUUUUUGUUCAUUACUUUUUUACAAUAAUAUAUUACUUAUUAGAAUUAGAGCAUCCAGUUUGUGAAUAGUUUAUAUAUAUACCCACCCAUAUAUAUAUGAAAAGAGACUUAUUUUAAUUUUUAAUUAACUUUAAAAAAUGAGAUUUUACAGUUAUUAUGUAAUUUUAAUUUUUUUAGGAAGAGUAAUAAACAAGAAAAAAUUGAA